AGCACCACCAGGCUGCCAGCUGCUCCGUCUCCGUCUCUGCGCCUCAGACCUCAUGUUUCUGCUCCGAGGCUCACUGAGCGGACCAUGCAGCUGUUCACCGUCUCAACUUUGCUCCUGUUCUUCUUCAGCUCAGGGCUGGCUCUGCAGAUUCAGUGCUACCAGUGUGAGGAGAUGACACACGACUGCUCCACGCCAGAGUUCAUCGUCAACUGCACUGUGAACGUGCAGGACAUGUGCCAGAAGGAGGUUCUGGUGAAGGAUGAUGGGAUACACUACCGCAAGUCCUGCGCCUCGUCUGGAGCCUGUCUCAUCGCUUCUUCUGGUUACCAGCAGUUCUGCACCGGCAAGCUCAACUCAGUGUGCAUCACCUGCUGUAACACACCGCUCUGUAACGGACCACGGCAGAAGAAACGACCCCAACAUUCGGCCGCCACUACCCUGACCACGCCGCAGCUCCCUGUGUUUUCUCUCUACGUCCUCCUCCUACUGUCCUCCACCCUGUGCUGACAGACCUUCACACACUGAGUUAAGAUGCGUGCUGACAGUGGAGACAACAUGAACUGGAACUGUAUUAACUAACUGAGACAGUGAAGAAUACGUACUGUGAAAUGUAUAUUCUUUGAGGCGUGUGGAAGCUUUGUACAGUAUUUGUUCUCUUGACUCCCAUUGUGUCACAGCUUGCCUCCAAAAGGUCGAAUUUGGGAUUUUUUUUUAUCAUCACGUGUGUCAUGUCACAAACAUGAUCAUGGUGCAGCUACAAGGGAGGCUGGGUGAGGUGAGGUGGAGGACAGUGCCAUGCAUGGAACAGCUUCUGGCUAUUUUGUCGGGCAGCAGGUGGCUCAUUUGCAUCUGUCUUUGUUUACUUACAUCACAAGGUCAAAUAAGACAGAAAAGAUAGUAAGUUCAGAUUCAUUCUUUUCUUUUCUGAGCUUUAGGAAAAGCUCUGCAGAAUAAAUAACUCUGUGAUUUAUUCUGAAUCAAUACCAUUACCUGGAACAAUCACCGAUUUUGCUGUAUUGACGAACUGAAAAAUACAAUGUAUGACAAUGAUACUGUUUAAUGAUUCUGGAAAGAAAAGUGCAGUCAGGAAAAAAGGGGUAUUGGGUGAAAAACAACAUGUAUGCUAGUCAUUAUAUUAAAGCCACCUACUCCUCAAAGAUACAACAUCAUCUUACCAGUGGAGGCCAUUCUGUUAUCCUGAAGCUUUCCUCCAUUAGUUCUGUAACAACUAAUGCUGUCUGCUCACAAAUAUUGUACAUAGAGCUACAAGAGCAUGUUGAAAUAUACAAACUUUUAUAAAACUACUCAUCACAUAUUCAUUGCAUCUUUAAUGGCUGAAAUUAGAACCGUUUGCGUUGAGGUGGAGCGGCAGUAGUGCAGUAAGCGUGUGGUACGGUGAGUGUUGGUGACUGUUGAUAGACGCAGACAACUAUUUUAGAAAGAAUUCUGAAGUUAUCCAUUAAGAUAUGCUAGUUUUCUAUGAUCAGGGAAGCCGUUGUAUGGUCAGGCAGCAUAACCUGACAGAGAUUGUUUCAGAGCCAAAUAAAUUAUGACAAGACGUAAUGUGAUGUGCAAGAAGUUGUUGUUGUUGUCCAUCAAAAUGUAAUAUUCGGUUGCUUUUGCAGUGGUUGAGUGGUUGGUUUGAACGUGACCUGAACUUUAAAGGUACCCUGUGGAGUUAUGUGUGUUUGUGUCCUUGAGGUCUAACAAACAUGUUGAAUACAUUUGUAAUUUAUUCAUUAAUUUAUUGAUAUACUUACUUAUUUAUAAGUGUGAAUGCAAU